UUUUGCCGCUCUUCCUCGAUGACCGAUCCGUCGUUCCGGCGCUAAGCACAUGCAUCUCCCCGUCUUCCUCGACGACCCGCGCCGCCUCCUCUCCUCCUCCGCCGCCGCCUCCGCCUCCGCCCGGACCCUCGCCCGCCUCCACGCCCUCCUCAUCGUCUCCUCCUCCGCCUCCCACACCCUCAUCUCCUCGCUCGCCGCCGCCUACGCCCGCGCUGGCGACCUCGCCGCCGCGGAGUCCACCCUCACCGCAACCGCCGCCUCAUCCUCCAUCGCCGCGUGGAACGCCAUCAUCGCCGCGCACUCCCGCCGCGGCUCCCCGGCAUCCGCGCUCCGCGUCUUCCGCGCGCUCCCGCCCGCCGCGCGCCCCGACAGCACCACCUUCACGCUCGCGCUCUCCGCGUGCGCGCGCCUCGGGGACCUUCGCGGCGGGGAGUCCGUCAGGGACCGCGCGUUCGACGCCGGGUACAAGGACGACGUCUUCGUCUGCUCGUCGCUGCUCCACCUCUACGCGAGAUGGGGCGCCAUGGGCGACGCGGUCAAGGUGUUCGUCCGAAUGCCGAGGAGGGACCGCGUCACCUGGAGCACCAUGGUUGCUGGUUUCGUGAGUGCUGGACAGCCACUGGAUGCGAUUCAGAUGUACAGGAGGAUGAGGGAGGAUGGUGUGAAGGGAGAUGAGGUGGUCAUGAUUGGGGUUAUACAAGCGUGCACAGCAGCCAGAAAUGUCCGAAUGGGAGCUUCAGUUCAUGGGCAUCUCUUACGGCAUGGAAUGAGGAUGGAUGUUGUUACUGCAACAAGCCUCGUGGAUAUGUAUGCAAAGAAUGGACUACUUGAUGUGGCGUGCCGAGUUUUUGGUCUGAUGGUGCACCGGAAUGAUGUCUCAUGGAGCGCGAUGAUCUCAGGUUUUGCACAGAAUGGGCAAUCGGAUGAGGCACUUCGGUUGUUCAGAAAUAUGCAGGCUUCUGGUAUUCAGCCUGACUCAGGAGCACUUGUUAGUGCUCUGCUAGCUUGCUCAAAUAUUGGAUUCUUGAAGCUAGGGAGGUCAGUACAUGGUUUCAUCGUGAGGAGGUUUGAUUUUAAUUGUAUCCUCGGUACAGCAGCCAUUGAUAUGUACUCAAAAUGCGGCUCCCUAGCAAGUGCACAGAUGCUUUUCAACAUGAUCAGUGAUAGAGACUUGAUCUUGUGGAAUGCCAUGAUUGCGUGUUGUGGUGCUCAUGGACGAGGCCAGGAUGCGCUCACUUUGUUCCAAGAAAUGAACGAAACUGGAAUGAGACCAGAUCAUGCCACAUUUGCUUCUCUUUUGUCUGCUCUAAGCCAUUCUGGUCUUGUGGAGGAAGGGAAACUAUGGUUUGGUCGCAUGGUUAAUCACUUCAAGAUCACACCUGCUGAGAAACACUAUGUCUGUCUAGUUGAUCUUUUAGCACGUUCCGGUCUUGUGGAAGAAGCCAGUGACCUGCUCACAUCAAUGAAAGCUGAGCCAACCGUUGCCAUUUGGGUUGCUCUACUUUCAGGCUGUCUGAAUAACAAGAAGCUGGAGCUUGGAGAAAGUAUAGCAGACAAUAUCCUUGAAUUGCAACCUGACGAUGUUGGCGUUCUUGCGUUGGUCUCAAAUCUCUAUGCUGCUACAAAGAAAUGGGACAAAGUCAGACAAGUUAGAAAGCUAAUGAAAGAUUCUGGAAGCAAGAAGAUGCCUGGCUGUAGCUCAAUAGAGAUACGCGGAACACGCCACGUGUUCGUGAUGGAAGACCAGAGCCAUCCUCAGCGUGAAGAGAUCGUAAGUAAGGUGGCAAAGCUUGAUUUAGAGAUGAGGAAGAUGGGCUACAUUCCGAGAACAGAGUUUGUGUACCACGAUCUGGAGGAGGAAGUGAAGGAACAGCAGCUCAGCUACCACAGCGAGAGGCUGGCCAUCGCCUUCGGUUUGCUGAACACAGGCCCAGGAACAAGGCUUGUGAUCAUAAAGAACCUCAGGGUCUGUGGUGAUUGCCAUGAUGCCAUCAAGUACAUCUCGAAGAUCGCGGACCGGGAGAUCGUAGUGCGAGACGCCAAACGCUUCCACCAUUUCAAAGACGGAGUCUGCUCCUGCAGAGAUUACUGGUGAUGAAGGCUACCGAGAACCAGCAUGGCAAGAGGAUGCGUGUUGCUGUAUGUAUACCCAACUGAUCCCCCUAGGCGGGGACCAUCAGAAGAAGUUCAGCCACGCAAGGCGGCCACGUCCGUCCGUCCGUCACGGGGGACCCGGCGGCGUGGUAGUGGUGCGGUGCCCGUCGCCUUCGCCAUUCCCGGCCGCGGGCGUCAUCUGUCGCGGCGAAAACGACCCGGGAGGUGGCGGCAAAGGCUUUUGCUUCCUACCCGCUGGGGCGCGCGCGUCGCCGUGAUCGGUCGCGUUGGUUGGAGUGGUUUGCGGUCUAGGACACUUGCUUUUUUCCCCAGUAGGAUGAUCACCCAAGACCGCUGCACUGCACCUGCCCCAUGUGGGAGCAGCAUCCAGCAUGGCCAGUUCGCAACGCUACACCGGGAGGAAGCAAAAAGGUUUCUUCGCCGUUGACUUAUUACGGGUGUGGCCAGAAGAAAUUCGGCGUUUGGUUUGCUGUGCAUAUGUGUGAGCCAUGGUAGUUACAUGCUGUUUCUGUUUCCACUGGUAUAGUGGUAUUGCCCGUUUCGGUCCCAGGUGAGUCUGAACUCUGAAGACCAUUUUAUCUUUCACAAGAUUCUGUAAUAAUCUGGUUGGUGGAUGAAGGCAGUGUUUUCAUAAAAGAUUCAUUAAUUUCGUGGUGGGAUUUAGUGUGUCCAGUGUAAUCAUACAGGGUUCA